AUGACGUCUUCAUCCAUCAUUACACAGUCGCUUCUCGCUGUUGCACUACUUUCUGUAGCCAUGGUUGAGGCUGCUCCAUUGGAAUCGACAAAGAGUGCAGCGAAACACACAAAAACAAUCAGUGGAUCGGCAACAAAAACAAAAGAAUACGUCCCAACUCCAAAAACUCUUCGACGUGGCAAACGAAACGUGAUUCUCGAGGAGAUUCCAGAUAAUGCUGGAACAGUUAUGGGCACUGAAGAGGAUGUUCUCCGAGAGCAACUAGCCGAUCUAAGCGAUGACCAAUUGGCAGUUCUGGCUGAAAUCGUUCAAAACGAGAUCGAUCAAUACAAUCCGGAAGCAAUUGAAGCCUACGAGAUUGUUGAAUUGCCAGAAUACUUAACCCAACCAAUUGAAUACAUGCCACGUGAUCGCCGUUCAAUGCCAGUUUUCGAAGCUUACGAUGAGAAUGAACUACCGGAACAAUUCGAUGAUAAUCAAGAGUUAAUCUUCGUCCCAGAAGAAGCUCUUUUGGAGGCUGCCGCCGAAGAACAAGAUGAAAUCGAAUUACGUCAAAGGAUAGCUGAAAUUGCAACAAUUCUGAAUGAGAGAGCUUCUCGAAGACUGAGAUUUAUUUAA